AUGUCUGACAACAAAAAUCAAACUGACCAUCAGUCUGGCUCCGAAGAUGAAAAAGAUCAAGAAGAAGAAGUUAAAGAUAAGCAACAACUACAAAAGGAAGAUGCUAAAGUGGAAAAAGAGUUAGAUCGUGUGACGGACAGUGUUGAAGAUGAAGAAAUGAGUGGAGAAAAUAUUGGAAAUGCUUUGACAGCAAUUAAUGACAAACGUCAUCAUGAUGAAUCUAAAAGAAAAGCUGAACAACAAGCAUUAGCCAAUGUCAAAAUUAAGAAAGAAGAUGUUGAUUUAAUUGUUCAAGAACUAGAAUUACCCCGAUCAAGAGCAGAAAAAACUCUAAGAGAAAAUAGAGGUGAUUUGAUAGCUACAAUGCGUGCUUUAGUGAAUUCAUAA